UACCAUAGAACAUAUGAAUAUUGGGAAACUCAAAUGGAACAAAUCGAUGCAACCUCCAAAACUUCUUUCAGAAAACGAUGUGUUACCAAAAGAGGUAUUUAAGAUUACGCCAGAGGUGGCCAAGUUUCUCAAUGUUUGUUUAAAGCCUAGCUUAACAUUGGACUCACCAACUGAACUACGGUGCGCCAAAGAAUAUAUCAAAUCUUACUUUAUUGAAUUGGAAACUUUCACGCUUGAUGAUGAUCCAUUUGCCAAAUCGUUUCACAAAAUACCAACCGCUAUUCAAGUACCCAAAGAAGGCGAUCAGCAAUAUCUAGAAGAGAUACUUGAUACAAAUGAUGGUUUUGCUUUGAAUUUCGACUACUGCAAAGAACCUACACUGAAGCCAUUGUUCACAGAAUCAGAUUUCCAGAUUCCGGUUGUUGACAAUCAAAAAUGUGAACAUCAAGGUGUACAGAGAACCCUUACGACUGUUCCAAAAUGGCAUCUCUCAUUUCCAAAAAGUCUCAACACCGAGGCUUCAUCCUUGGAGAAGUUUAUAUUGAAUGAGGAGUUGCAGAAAGGGGUUGAAUAUAGACUAAGGGCUAUUUAUAUGGAUGA